CCAAACACAAAACCAAACUCUCUUUCUUUUCUUUUCUAUUUCUAUUUCUAUUUCUAUCUCAUAUUUUGAAAACACCAAACGCAGCCUUUUAUAAAAGAAGAGUUGUGUUGCUCAGUCUUUCGUGAUCUUUCCACAAUUAUCGUUAUCGAUCUGAUUCUCUUUCUCUAUAUAUAUAUAUAUAUAGAGACUGAAACGACGUCGUUGUGAUCGCUUUUGCGUAUCGAUGAUGGCUGGGGGAGUGGAAUCGUGGUCUCCGUCGUCGUCGUCGCCGCCGCCGCCUCCUGAGGGAAGAGGAGAAGGGAAAGUGGUGGUUGUUGGAGGAGCGAUGGUAAUGGACUUUCCGUUGGAUGACAGUGGUGCGACGUCGUUUUCGUCCUCCUCUUCUUCGCCCAAAUUGCCUCGCAGGCUUCGCCGGAGACUCUCCGAGUCCAAGUCCCCUCAGAACUUUACUGUCGAAGAUAUCGAAGCCAAGCUCCGCCACGCCGAUCUUCGCCGCCAGCAAUACUAUGAGAAAUUGUCAAGCAAGGCUCGAGCGAAGCCUAGAAGCCCAUCACGGUCCUCGUCUAAUGAGGAAGAUCUUGGUCAGCGCCUUGAAGCGAAGCUCCAAGCUGCAGAGCAGAAGAGGUUGAGCAUUUUGGCAAAGGCCCAAACGCGGCUAGCUAAGUUGGAUGAGUUGCGGCAAGCAGCUAAAACUGGGGUACAAAUGCGUUUUGAGAAGGAACGUGAGAAGCUUGGCACAAAAGUGGAAUCACGGGUUCAGCAGGCAGAAGUAAAUAGAAUGCUUAUCCUCAAGGCUUACAGGCAAAGAAGAGCCACACUAAAGGAGAGGUCAUCUCAAUCAUUAUUGCGAAGGAUGGCCCGGGAUAGCAAGUAUAAGGAGCGUGUACGUGCUGCAAUUCAACAGAAGCGUGCAGCUGCCGAGACAAAGCGACUGGAUUUGCUGGAAGCAGAGAAAAAGAGGGCACGUGCUCGGAUGUUGCAAGUGCGACGGGUGGCUAAAUCUGUCUCUCACCAACGUGAAGUUGAGAGAAGGAGAAUGAGGGAACAGUUGGAAGAUCGACUUCAGAGGGCAAAGAGACAAAGAGCAGAAUAUUUGAGGCAGAGAGGAAGACUAAAUAAUCCUGUUCACACCAAGUGGAAUAGGAUGCACAGGCAGGCUGAUCAUCUCUCCAGAAAAUUAGCAUGGUGUUGGAGGCGAUUUCUUAAGCUGAGGAGAACUACCUUAGCCUUGGCAAAAGCAUAUGAUGCUUUGAAAAUCAAUGAGCAGUCUGUGAAGUCAGUGCCUUUUGAUCAGCUUGCUGUUCUGAUUGAAUCAUCUGCUACCCUACAAACAGUGAAAGCUUUGGUUGACCGGUUUGAGAGCCGCUUGAAGGUCUCCAGGGCCGUUUCUUCUGCUAAUCAUGCCAUUUUGGAUAACAUUGACCACCUUCUUAAACGAGUUGCUUCCCCAAAGAAAAGGGUUACUCCCAGGACUUCUAUGAGGAGCAGAGAUGUAAAGAAAGGAGGCUCUGUCAGGGAGGCAGCCAGAAGCCCAGAAAAAAUAUCUAGGUAUCCAGUGAGACUGGUUCUUUGUGCUUACAUGAUAUUGGGUCAUCCAGAUGCAGUUUUCAGUGGUCAAGGAGAGCGUGAAACUGCUCUGGCCAAGUCUGCAGAGGAAUUUAUUCGAGAGUUUGAGUUGUUGAUUAAGAUUAUACUGGAGGGGCCCAUGCAAAGUUCUGAUGAAGAGUCUGACUUUGGAUUGCAAAAACGUUGGACCUUCAGGUCUCAGCUUGCAGCAUUUGAUAAAGCUUGGUGCUCCUACUUAAAUUGCUUUGUGGUGUGGAAGGUUAAGGAUGCUCAGUUGUUGGAGGAUGAUUUGGUGAGGGCAGCCUGUCAGCUUGAGCUCUCUAUGAUUCAAACUUGCAAGCUGACUCCAGAAGGAGAGAGUGGUGCUCUUACCCAUGAUAUGAAGGCUAUUCAGAAACAGGUUACAGAAGAUCAAAAACUCUUGAGGGAAAAGGUGAAACACCUGAGUGGAGAUGCGGGGAUCGAGCGUAUGGAAUUUGCUCUAUCUGAAACUCGAUCAAAGUACUUCCAAGCAAAGGAAAAUGGAAGCCCAGUGGGAUCACCAAUCACACGCUUCAUAACUCCAAGCCCACCUAGUUCCUCAGCUGGUCCUUCUUUUCCUAGCUCAGAUAACAGGAGUAAUCCAAUUGAGGGUGUUGAGAAGCCAAGCCGUGUAGUUCGCUCCCUAUUUAAGGAAGAUGAUAUUUCCCCAGUGAAAGGAUUUGAUGUCUCUACACAUAGUAGCAGUUUAGAUGGUCAACUGGGUUCUUCAGGUAAAAGGGUGAUCACGGAGAAUGAACUAAUUGUAAAUGAAUUCCUUCACAAGCAGCGCUUUGCUUCUUCAGAUAGCCCAAGUGUCACUAAUGAAGAUCAAGAGAGUAUUAAGGCAAAGAUAAGAGCUACAAUGGAGAAUGCUUUCUGGGAUGGCAUCAUAGAAUCCAUGAAACAGGAUGAUCCUGACUAUGAUCGGGUCAUUCAACUCAUGAGGGAGGUGAGGGAGGAACUGUGCGAGAUGGCUCCACAGAGCUGGAAACAAGAAGUUACUGACGCUUUUGAUAUAGAGGUGCUCUCUCAGGUGCUGAAGUCAGGUAACCUGGACAUUGAUUACCUUGGAAGGAUUCUAGAGUUUGCAUUGGUAACUUUGCAGAAGCUUUCCGCACCAGCUGGUGAUGAUGAAAUGAAGGCCAAUCAUCAGAAGUUAUUGAAUGAAUUAUUUGAGAUAUGUCAUGCCACAAAUGAGUCAAAAUAUUCAUGUGUCAUUGCAAUGAUCAAGGGUCUGCGCUUUGUCCUAGAGCAGAUUCAGGUGCUUAAGCAAGAUAUAAGCAAAGCACGUUUAAGAAUCAUGGAGCCUUUGUUAAAGGGUCCUGCAGGCUUGGAUUACCUUAAAAAUGCUUUUGCCAACCGCUAUGGAUCUCCAACUGAAGCAUUUACCUCUCUGCCAUUGACAGUGCGGUGGCUUUCUUCCCUUUUGGAUUGCAAAGAUCAGGAAUGGGAAGAACACACAAAUUCUCUUGCUGCUUUGAUGAGCAAUGAAAAUUCAACACAUGGGUUUCUUCCUUCCACCGCCCUUAGAACUGGUGGAAAUUUUCCAGUUAAAACAAAUGGAAGCCUUGCUGAGAAGAGCACUGGAAAUCAACAACCAGAGUGCAAGGGAGGGAAAGUUGACUUGCUGGUGAGGCUUGGCUUGUUGAAGUUGGUAAAUGGAGUAGUAGGUCUAACACAAGAAGCUCUGCCGGAGACUUUUAUGCAUAACCUCUUAAGGUUGAGGUCUGUUCAGGCUCAAAUCCAGAAGAUUAUUGUAAUUUCAACAAGCAUUUUAAUCUGUCGACAGACCCUCCUGAGUGAAAAAGUGAUAGCCAGCCCUGCAGACAUGGAAAGCAUAGUAUCAAAGUGUACUGAGCAACUUUUGGAUCUAUUGGACCGUGUUGAAGAUGCAGGUAUUGAACAAAUUAUUGAAAUAAUCAGUGUCUUCCCAGAACAUGGUGAUGAAGUGGUAGACACCGAGAAGCUUCAGUCCCGGAGGGUAGUAAUGGCCAGGAUGCUAGCAAAGAGCUUGCAAGCUGGGGAUCCCGUGUUUGAAAAGGUGUCUCGCGCUGUUUAUUUGGCUGCUAGAGGAGUCGUGCUGGGUGGGAGCGGACUUCGUGGAAUAAAAUUAGCAGAAACGGCAUUGCGGCAAGUUGGAGCUGCUGUGUUGACAAAGAGGGUGGUGGAAGCUGCUGAAGUUUUAGUGGUGGCUGCCACCGUGUCAGUUAGUGUUCAUGAGCCAUGGUAUAUAAAUCUGACUGCCACUAUGUGAUGGAUUUGGACGAAGAGAAGGUGUAGUAGUACAGAAUAAAAUAAUACACACUUGUACAUACUAGUGUGUGUAGUAUCUAGAUGUAUGUACAUGGAUUGGAAGCGUAUAAAUAAUUAUGGAGAAUUCUUUGAUGUAAAAGAACAAGAUGUAAAUAGUGUUUAGACUAAUUGAAGGGUUUUUUCUUUUGUUUUUA